ACUUUGAUGAAACAAACGUUCUGAAUUGUUUGAAUGUUCUUGUUUUGUUUGUGUCACAAAUAAUGGACCCGUCCGGUUUCCUUCCACGCGCCUGAUGUUGUUGUUGGGCGGGGCCGCGUGCACGUCGGUCCUCCCAGCCGCCUGAACGGCUCUCAACGCGGAACUACGUCUAUUCAUCCGACCGACGAGGUGCGAACGUGAACCAGACUCGCCGACCACUCCACUUUUGGACUGACUGGGGUUCGAGUCGUCGUCAAAGAUGUUUCGCUUGCGGGCCUUGUCCGCGGUUUCGGUGGGGCUUACGCAGGUAUGCCGGCGUUAUCAUGGCGGGGCGGUGCGAGGACCCGCCCAAAAGAGGCUGAUGCUAGCAGCGCUGGUUGGAGUAACUGGUGUUUCCGCUGGUGCGGGGCUGCUUUGGAAAAGAGCGUACGCUGAUGCAGGACCCUCUGUUCGGCACUCAGAGCGAGCAGGAGGGGAAGAGGCAGAUUUUGUUAGAGAUGCAGGAAUAGAGUCUGAGAAAUCGGUGGAGUCCACCGGUGGAGGCGAGGAAGAAAAAGACGAAGAGGGGAAGAAAAAGAAGCCCCGCUCAGGAUUCCGUGACCGCAAGGUCAUGGAGUAUGAGAACAGGAUCAGGGCAUACUCGACCCCGGACAAGAUUUUCCGCUACUUUGCCACACUGAAGGUCAUUAAUGAGCACGGGGAUGCUGAGGUUUACAUGACACCCCAGGACUUCAUCCGCUCCAUCACACCCAAUGAGAAGCAGCCUGAGAAUCUAGGCCUAGAUCAGUUCAUUGUGAAACGCUAUGAUGGAAAGGACUUCUGGCAGACGGAGGUAACUCUGACCAGGCUCCGCCCCCCCUUCCACCUCUGGGCAUGCUCUGUCCAUCUGUUUGGUGGAGCGUCCUCCCAACGGGACGCUGUCUUUUCAAAAAUUGCCCACGAGAGGGAGAGGUUUGCGGACGAGGACAGUAUAUUUUACAGCCUGGGAGAGUGCGGCCUCAUCUCCUUCUCCGACUACAUCUUCCUCACCACUGUGCUGUCCACUCCCCAGAGGAACUUUGAGAUUGCCUUUAAGAUGUUCGACCUGAACGGCGAUGGAGAGGUGGACCUGGAAGAGUUUGAACAGGUCCAGAGCAUCAUUCGAUCCCAGACCAGCAUGGGCAUGCGGCACCGCGACCGCUCCACCACCGGAAACACGCUGAAGACCGCCGGCUGCAGCUCCGCUCUCACCACAUACUUCUUUGGAGAAGACCUGAAGGGAAAACUCACCAUCGGCAGCUUCCUGGAGUUUCAGAGAAAGCUGCAGCAUGAUGUGCUGAAAUUAGAGUUUGAAAGGAACGACCCCGUGGACGGCAGGAUCUCGGAGAGGCAGUUUGGCGGCAUGCUGCUGGCCUACAGCGGCGUCCAGUCUCGCAAACUCAAGCAGAUGCAGAAGGGCUUGAAGAAAAUGUUUAAGGACGCACAGGGAAUCACAUUUGAGGAGGUGGAGAACUUUUUUACUUUCUUAAAGAACGUGAACGACGUGGACACAGCUCUGAGCUUCUACCACAUGGCUGGAGCUUCAAUCGACAAAGCUACCAUGAAGCAAGUGGCUCGCACAGUGGCCAAGGUGGAGCUGUCCGACCACGUCUGCAACGUGGUGUUUGCGCUGUUCGACUGCGAUGGGAACGGCGAGCUCAGCAAUAAGGAGUUCAUCGCCAUAAUGAAGCAGCGGCUGAUGCGGGGGCUGGAGAAACCCAAGGACAUGGGCUUCACGCGGCUGGUGCGCGCCAUGUGGAAGUGCGCCCAGGACACGGCCUGGGACUUCGCCUCGCCCAAGACAUAAUGGAGGCGGCACCCGGAAACGCCGCAGCCAUCACCGCACGCAUCGGAAUGACUGAAGCUGCAGCACGCUCAGCAGUUUGGGCUGAGCGGGGUGUGUGCAGCAAAGCAUUAUGGGUAUUUGAGGAAUCCUCAUCAGCAGAGACUGAAAAUGCUGAAACAGCACUCGUUUGAUUUCCUGCUGUCAUCUCAUCAAACUCAGCGUGACAGAAAGAGAAGCUUUCAGUCCAUGACCCCCCUCCUCCCCCCUCAGCUUCUGUGGCUCACGCUUGGAUGCUCGUCUUUUUUUGCAAUAUUCACUGUUUGUACGCUAAUUAUUGGUCACUGAAACACUUUAAAAGAUGCUUAAAAAUCCUCUAUUAAAGGUGUUUUAUUAACGUAAAAA